AUGGAAGUGGAAUCAGCCGCCGAGCUGCAGGGGCAGCGGCCUCCGCCGUGGCGCCGCACGGUGGCCGUCCAGGCCGCGCUCUGCCUCGCGCUCUACGCGGCCUUCAGCCUCGGCGAGCCGCAGCUCCGGCCGCGGGGCGGGGGCGCGCUGGGCGUCGGCGGCGGCGGCGGCGUCAACUUCCUCAGCGUCGCGGGCGGCGCGCGCCCGCCCACUGACCAGGCGCGGCUCCUGAGGCAGAUGGAAAGCACAGCAAAGGUUUAUGAAGUCAAGUUAGUGCUGGAUGUUGCCCGAUUUGGCGACGACCCACUUUGGCAAAAUGGUUCUCUGCACUUCCAAGCUCUGAAUAUCCCCUGGUAUUCCACUACAUCACAUGGGCAGAUUGUUAGUAAUUUUUUGAAGAAAGUGAAGAUGCCAUACGACCAAAUUCUGGAAAUUGUUGGUGUUGACACAGGGCCUCUUGAGGAUCUUCUGCAUGAUGGCAAAAUGAGCAAUUCUAGCAGGGAACAAAUUACAUGGCUGGAGCAAACACUAGCGCGGACCAGCAAUAACUGGAAAAUAGUUGUUGGAUAUGAUCCAUUAGUUGAUUGCAAUGAGGUCCGCACAACAAAAACAACAAAGAUCUACGAGCCGCUUCGGCAUAUUUUUGAAAAAUACACAGUGAAUGCAUAUGUAAGCACAGGUGGUUCUUGUGGACACUUCCAUCAUGACAAUUCAAUGAUAUAUAUUCAAAACCCCAUCCCUGGAGAUCAAACGAAUUUAGAUGGUUUCUUCUUGCAUAGAGUCAGCCCUCUAGAGAUGGAAACCCUGUUGAUAAACUUAGACGGCAAGGUUGUUCAAAGAUCUGUCGUUCAUCAGCAUGGAAGGGAAGCCAUGUAA